GUCAUGUGGGGUGGACGAGGCGUGGUUUCUGCUGAAGUGAGGCGGUCUUCGUCGUCGGGCAGAGGAAUCGUCGCUACAGAAGCUUUCUAGGUCGUGUGUCUGGCUAAUUUACUAGUUUUAAUCCUUUUAAAUAUGGACAAGCCCAGGAGCAACACCCAGUCUCCAUCCCUGAAGUUGUCAAAUGGCUACGUUUUACCCGAGGGCAAGCUGACUCCCAACGCCCUGUUUGUCGGUGGGAUUGACAUGAAGGUGGAGGAAAAGGAAUUGCGAGAGUUCUUUGGAAGAUAUGGUGCUGUUAAGGAAGUAAAGAUUAUAACCUACCAUGGAGGGGUCUGCAAAGGGUACGGGUUUGUGUACUUCAAUGAAGAUGUGAACAUUCAGACGAUCAUUGAGCAACCGAUUAAUUUUGGGGGCCGGAAACUCAAGCUGGGCCCUGCCAUCAUGAAAGAAAGGAGCGCCAGAACCAUGCCACCCCGUCCGGUUGGCCCUGCUCCCUGGAUGAACCUCCCUCAGUACGUCUACUGCACCUGCUGCUCAUCCAUGGGAGGGGGAAUGCCUCAACCUUCACCCAUCGUCAAUGGUGGAAGCCCCUACAAUCAGCCGUACUCCUACACCAACUAUGGAGGGGCCAUGUACCCACAGAUGCCAAUGAACUAUGCACAGAACUCCUACACCUACCAGUACAAUCCCCAGCACUGGAUGAUGGACCAGAGAACACCGCCUGACAAUCAGGGCUUUGUGGACAAUGGAGUCCAGACUAUGAUGACUGUGCUGUAGUCUGAGCUACUGAGCCCCCUGCCAGACUACGCAGCUUUGGCCACAGUGAGACAAAAUGCAGACAGGAUGACAUCUUGAUGUUCCGGACGGCUGGAAGCAAUCGAAUGCCUCACGGUUUUUCUUAUAACCCUCCUCCCUUCUCUCAAUGUAUGAGACCCAUUUUAACACCACACUGUAGGAGCUCUCCACUGUAACUAUUCUUGUUUGAUCACAAUCAUUUUAAUCACACGGUAUGGACCUCUGUCGUGUGGUCAAACUGCGUUUAACACACACGGAUCACAGUGACAGUCGCACAGGAAGAAGCACCUCCACCAUAUAAAUGGGCUCACAUUCUUCUUCCUUUUUGUUUUCUUUUGUCGGUUAACCCAAAGGAAAAAAACAUUGAAAAUACUUUUAAGCUCACCCUUUGUGACUAUUUAUAUUUUAUUUUUUUCUCUGUACAUAAACAGUAAGUUUAUAGAUGUAGAAAUGUCUUGACAGGUUUCAGCUUUGGAGUAGAAUGCUACUUUCAAUCCAGUUCAAGUCUAAUGCUUCUAAAUUAAGAAAUGUAAUGUUAACUGCAGUAUAAGGGCACUUGGUCAAUUAUUUCAAGCACUCACAUUUUGUUUUGUUUAGUUUGUGCUCUAUUCCGUUUAAAUGUCGGAUUGAGGCAAUACCUGAACAGCAAUUUAGAUUAUAGUUCCUAAUCAGUAUCACUGAUUUUGUGUCUUGGUCAAACGGCAGACUUUU